CCCUUGCUGACCCACCAACCAAAUCAACAACCACCAAUCACCACAAAAGAACACCCAGAAAACCAACAGCAAGUCAUCGACCAUGCCUAUCACCAAGAAAGACCGCGUGCACCGCGAACAGAAGAAAGCCGAAGCCGCAGGAACUCGCGUGCCAGUUCACAAGAACGGCACGCCGGUCAAAGCCGCCAAGCCUAAGUCAAUUUGCGCGUACUGCCGCAAGGAACUCGACAACACGAACUUGAAGAUCCUCGAGCAGCAUGCCAGCACGCAUAGCGAUGCUUGGACGAAGGAGAAGUGCUGGCCGAAUGAGUUCAAAUGAGCAGCGUGCGAUGAGCUCGGGGGCGGCAGACAUAGGCGAGGGGAACAGACCGGCAGUUGAAUGGAGUCAGCACUGAGUGAUGCAUGUAUUGUGGCGUUAGGAGAGAGUGGUGCUUUUUAGAAGUUCAGAUACAGAGAUACCCAAGCAUGAACUAAACUUUUGACAUGCAAGCAUACAACAGGC